AUGAUAAUGGGCGCCAUAGUUGAGUACUGAGCGUCAUUUCAUAUUAACUUAACGUUAGACAUAUGCAGACGUAGCGCACUUUUCUCAGGAAAAAAAAAUCGCACUGACAAUAACUACAUUGUUUGUUUAUCGUAGAUAAUAAUCAACCAAGAAAAAUGAUUUUAAAAUAGUUAAAAUAGAAGUGCCCGCCAGGUCCCACGCGCAUGACCGAUCGCAGGUGGCACAUUUUUGAAUGUACACAAAGCCGAGUUGUCGUACAUGUACAUUUGAACUGUUUUGUUUACAAAAUACACGUUUUACGUAAUCUACGUUACAUUACACGUUACGAAAAUGAAGAUAUUUUAUGCACUUGUCGCAGGCGCAGUGCUGUUCUCGUCGAUUGGCACACUGUUGAAUUUCCAGCGGUUUCUGUCUGGUCACAUCGACGUGAGCAAGCAAGCACACCAGGCUUUGGCUAGGAAGGAGACGAACUACUUUGUGACGAAGACGGUGUUCUGGGAUCUCGGGCUGCUUAUCAUGUUCAUCCUCCAGCACAGCCUGAUGGCCAACCAUCGGUGGAAGAACCUUGUAAACAACACGCUGGGACUGUCAGUCGUAGAAAGGUCUAUCUACGUUGGCGCUUCCUGCCUCGCCCUACAGGCUCUGAUGCAUCAGUGGGUGCCGGUGUUUAGUGGAACGGCAUGGCUGGUGGAUGUCAGCAGCCGGCAGGGCAAUCAGCUCUACUCCCUCCUGUUCUUCGCCGUGCACGUUGUUGCCUGGGUGCUCACACUCGGCUCCUUGCUCCUCAUGGACAUCCUUGAGCUGGGUGGUGUCAAACAGGUGUACUUCUAUUGUAUUGGCCUCAAUCCGCCUAUCACGUACAAGCACCACAGCUUGGCACGCAUAUACGCGCACAACAGGCAUCCGUGUGCACUGGAGCUUUGA